AUGUUUGGUGGAGUUGAUGGUUGUGGUAGUGGUGGUGGUGGUGGAUGUGGUGAUGGUGGUGGUGGUGGUGGUGGUAGUGGAGGAGGUGGUAGUGGUGGUGGUGGCGAUGGCAGUGGUUGUGGCGAUGGCGGUGGUUGUGGAGGUAGUGAAUGUGGUGGUGCAAGUGGUGGAGUUAGAUGUGGAAGUGGAGGUGGUGUCAUUUUUUAA